UGCAGUAGCAUAAAAAAUAGCGUCGAGAAGAAUUAUAUAUUUGACAGUUCACAAAAUUCACUACUGAAAUACCACUUUUUUGCUUCUUUUUUUGGUGUCGCUUUGCAUUUUUUGUUUGAAUUUCAAUUUUGUGUUUAAGGACUGGUAGUAUCCAUAAAAAUGGCAGACACAGAAGAAGAUAAUCCAAUUGAUUGUUCUCUGCAUAAAUGUAUUUUUGAGGACGAUUUUCGUAAGCUAAACCAAUUGAUUCGUACAAAUAAUGUUGCCCAAAAGGAUAAACACGGAAAUACAGCACUACAUUUAUCUGUAAUGCUCGGCCGCAAAGUGUGUACACAUCUUCUAUUGGCUCAUGGUGCUCCUGUGAAAGUUAAGAAUGUGAACGGAUGGUCCCCUCUAGCCGAAGCGAUUAGCUAUGGGGAUCGACAAACAAUUUGUUCAUUGUUGAAGAAAUUAAAGCAACAAGCCAAAGAGCAAAUCGAAGAAAGAAGACCGAAUUUAGUGAAAGCAUUAAAGCAAAUGGGAGACUUUUAUAUGGAAUUAAAAUGGGAUUUUCAGUCAUGGGUGCCGUUAGUGUCACGAAUUCUGCCAUCAGACAUAUGCAAAAUUCAUAAAAGUGGUUCUUCAAUUCGUUUGGAUACAACUCUCGUUGAUUUUUCCGACAUGCGUUGGGAACGCGGUGACAUAUCCUUUAUAUUUCGCGGUGAUAAUAAUCCACGCGAGUCACUAACCGUUUUAGAUAAUGAAUAUCAUUGCUAUCAACGAGUUCGAUACGAAGAGACUGAUACUGAAAUUGAGGAUGAAGUGGACAUAUUAAUGUCCAGUGAUAUACUUGCGGCUCAAAUGUCAACAAAGAGCAUUAACUUCGUUAGAGCUCAAAGUGGUUGGAUUUUUCGAGAAGAUAGAAAAGAAUUGGUUGCUGGUCAAUACGAUUGUGAAUUGUAUUCAAUCAAUGGAUUAGUGUUGGAAUCACGGAAACGACGCGAGCAUCUAUCACGUGAUGAUUUACAAAAGAACAAAGCCAUUAUGGAAUCGUUGAAGGGCGGCCAUCAUGCACCGAGUUUAGAUCAAAACGGAGAGAUUGUACGCCGUGAAUCGCUUACACCGCCGGAGGAAAAUGGAAUCACUUGGGAUGAGUAUAUCAAUUCAGAGCCUGGCGAAUAUCCCAAUCUUGGAAGGCAAAUCAUUUAUAAGGAAACUAGUAAGACAUUUCGUGCAACAGUAGCAAUGAGUAAAGAUUUCCCAUUAACUGUGGAAAUGUUGCUUAAUGUGUUAGAAGUAAUCGCGCCAUUCAAACACUUUACAAAGCUUCGUGAAUUCGUUACAUUGAAAUUACCAAGCGGUUUUCCUGUGAAAAUUGACAUACCGAUCUUACCAACCGUCUCAGCGAAAAUCACUUUUCAAAAGUUCGAAUUUCGUGAUAACAUAUCGCCAGAUUUGUUUGAAAUUCCCAAUGAAUAUACUGAAGACAGCAUGCGGUUUCCCGACUUAUGACGUAUUGAAAUUAUUUAUACUGUAAACAUAAUAAUUUAAUCACCAUACAAUUUUCAUUUAUCUAAGUGUAUGAUAACAUAUUGAAUAGAAAAAAAUAUCAAAUUAUAAAACUCGCAGUAGUCCUAUUUGAGAUUCCGUUCUAUCACGAUUUUAUUUAAUUUUCCACUCAAUAUUUAUGCAUGUGAUUUUGAAGAAGAGCAACAAAUGUGUAGUGUGACCAGAAAAUGUCUAAUGAACAGCACCCCAAAAUCAGCACAAUAUAUUAGUCAAAAUCACCUGUUCGUAAAUAAGAAUUUCAUUGCCAGCACCCACCGAUGGCAGUUAUUGUUUCACCCACUGACUCCAAUUGAUGUUUCAAUCAAUUAAUUGACUGAUCGGUUCCGCUUCAUCUACAUGAAUGUUUAUGCAACAAUGGAAAGUAGAAUUCAAAUUCUUCAAGAGUCAUCAGUAAUGUGAACGAUUUUAUGUGUAAAAGUGAAAAGUAAAUAAUAAAUUUCUAAAUAGAAACAAUUUUACGUUUCUAUUCAGAGGUUCCAUUUAAUGCUA